UUCCUAUUUGUUUUUGUUUUGCUUUUUGUGUUUUUUUUUUUCGGAGAAUACUAAGUUAUGUACAAGCGUGUUCUGGUUUAAUUGAACUGAAAUAACUGUAUGGGAUUGUCUGAUAGUUUGUUUGAUUUUGGAGUUCAAUUUAUCGUAGCUGUCAUAUGUGUAUGAACUUGUUUUUGUUUCAAAAGUUCAUGGAUCUUUUGUUUAUGCCCAAAUCUGGGUUCUACUUAGAUUUUUAGAUUUGGGUUCUUGGCCUUUGCUGCGUUCUGAUUUUUAUUUGGUAAUAGGAUACACUAGUUUCAUCUAGAACUGAGGCUUUUAAGGUAGGUGUUUUUAGCCAGUUUCUGACCAAGGAAAAGAUGAGGUUAUCUAUAGUGACCAAAACAAAAUUAAGAUCUUAAUAGGUUUAAGGUUGUGGUUGUAUGUAGUAUCUCAUUUUAUUGAUUUUAAUUGUUCUAAUAAGCAUGUGACUGUCAAAAUGUUGUUUUCAUAAGCCAGUUAGUAUGCAGUUCUGUUAGCCCAGGAGAUGAUAAGGGUUGCACAGUGUCACUUUCAGUUCUAGUGUGAAUUUGAUUGGGAGACUAUGGAGGUAAACCAAACAUGGUGGCCUCAAUUAUUUCCAGUGUUUAAUGAUCGCUAUAGUUCUAGAUAUUUAUUUUGUUGGUUAAAGUAUCAUUGUUUGCUUAUACUAUAUAAUGCUUGUCAGGAUCCAGAACUAGACAUUUGGGCUUGGAAUUGAGUCAAUUGACAUUGUGUAAAUGGCGAUUUUAGUUUUGUAAGGCUAUAAAAUUGAAGAGACACAUGUGGCCUGGUUGGAAAUUAUUAUGGCAUUUGGGAUGUGGAACUCUAUUUGAUAAAAGUUUAGCCUAUGUAGAGAUGUGAUAUGUAUUAGUUGUUGAUUAUAGAUUGUGAAAAGAAAAGCUAUCCCUUUGGAGUAUUUUUUAUUAAGGUUUAUUCUAUAGAUACAAACAAAAUAUGUUUACGGUGUUGCUUUGUAUUUGGAGAGCACUAGAGUUCAUGCCUCUGCACGACAUAUUAUACAUCUUGAGUGCUGCCUAGCUGGCUGAUUGCAGCUCUAAUUGGCUAAUUGAGAUGGCUUUAGCAUGAUUACCAACUAGACAACUGGUAUCUAGUACUAUCUGUGAGAACACAGUACACACACACACACACACACUAAGCUGGUAAGAUCAAGUUAGACAGAAUGAGGGGGUAGCAAUUAGCAACACCCCUUUGAUUUGAUUGUUGAUGUAGAUGUUCUUUUGUGUUGAUCAAACUACAAAUGCACUAUAUGCUGCUAUUGCCAGCUGACGAUAAUCACUGUAGGUGAACUUGCCAGUGUCCUAUGGCUUAUUGGACAUGUUUAUGGAGCCCAUCAUAAGUAAGGUCUAUGCCAGCUCCAUCUCUAAGUGAUUAGAGGAUCAUGAUAAACAAAAUUUUGAAGUAUUUAACUCUGUGGUUACAAUAUUUGAUUCUAUCACCUUUUGCAAUGGAGUAUGUUGAACUUCUGUUAGUAAAACUGUAGGUAAGCAGCUUUAUUUGUCGACAUUGUGACAUUGGACAAAAAUAACCAAGAUGCAUGUAAGACUACAGUUAGACUUCCAGUGAACGGGCUUGGAUUUGUUAAAUUGUUCUAUUUGAAGGGGGGUCAAUUGUAGGGAAAUGGGUUUAUGGACUUUGCUUGAAGCCUGUCUCCUUUUUGCAAAUGCAAUGGCAAUACUGAAUGAAGAUCGAUUCCUUGCUCGGAGAGGAUGGACUUUGGCAGAAAUUCCUGGAAGUGGAAGAAAUUCACUGAAAGGGCAGAUCAUAGGGCUCAUACAUGCAUGCCAGUUUUUUAGACUACCCCUGAUAAUUUUAAAUAUUAUCGUUAUUGUUUUAAAGCUCUUCACUGGGUGAAGAUGGUAAAAUUGAUUACCAGUGUGACAUAUUUAUUUGGGCACUUUGUGAAUUAUUGCCUAAUCGAUUAGUUAUAUUCAGAGAAGCUCCUGAGUUACUAGUUAGAGACAUCUGUUCUAAAUUUCAUUCUCAAUAUCUUAUUUUUUCCUUCUUCUUU